AUGAAACAGGGAACAAUUUCAAAUGGGUGUUUUCAAGAAUAUUUUGAGCCGAAAAUCACAUUUGCACCAACAUAUAAAUAUGAAGUUGGAUCAACCGAUCGUUUUAUAUUAACAAAGCAAGGAAGUAAUCGUCCGUCUUAUUGUGAUCGUAUCUUUUCUUACAUAUCUACUGAUCAACCACCAUUGAAAGUUCAAAGUUAUCAAGCAUUACAUGAUGUCACAUACAGUGAUCAUCAUCCAGUUCGACUCGAUUUUACUUUAUUUGAUAAUAAAACGUCAAAAAGUAGAAGCUAA